GUCCAUGACAACAACAACUUGGGCAAUUAUCUGUCCAUCUGUUUAGCCAUCCAUUUAUCCAUUAAGAAACAUGAAACACCUGUACGUGAAGGGCUAAAAGUAGAAUACAAAUUAGGAUCAGAAUGCUAUUUUUGACAAGGGUUUGUCUCAUGACAAAUUGUUCAGAAGCAUAAUUUAAGUCUCAUUUAGAUCAUUUUAAACACAUUUAGAAAACUCCUGAUUUCAUUUCUUUAAAGGAAAAAAAAAUCCAUUGUAGUUUCAUGUGGAGAUCUUGUGCGCUGUUUCUUUUUGGGGGGCUACUUCUAUAAAAGGAGUGAGUUCUCUGGAUGAGACGGUGACGCAGACACUGCGCCUUGCUGUGGGUGUAUAAGAGGAGCCACUCCGCUCUAUUUCGGCGCUCACAUGGGGAAGCAACAGGGUUGUCAGAUUCAUGAUAGCCUCUCGGUGACUGGAAAACUUGAGAAAAACGUGGAGAUGAACGCAACUGAGAAGAUUUACCUUCCCGUUGAUGGCAUCCUCGAAAUGUUCAACUCUCUCACCGGGCAUCACCAUGCAGCGAUUACGCAUUCAGCUCUUCAGGCUACUCCAGUAGCUCCUAAAGUCUCACACAUAUCAAAGACAGGCAUGGGCAUCAUUAAAACGGUAAAAGGGCGCUGGAGGGAACAAGACAAAAGAGCAAGUAGGUCCUCGAGCUCUAGCAACAGGCACGUUUCGACUGAUCCACUUCCAAAAAGGUCUGUGGAUCUGCUGGAGCUGGGUUUCACCAAGCCCAAGAACUGUCACAGAAUAGUUGUGCUUGGGGCACCCAGAGUAGGUAAAACCAACAUCCUGCAGCGGUUCUUGGGGAAAGGAUUUGAUGAGCAUUAUGAACCAACAACGGAGGACUUCCACAGAAAGCUGUUCCACAUAGGAGGGGAGGCAUAUCAGAUUGAUCUGCUGGAUGCCGCAAGUGAGAGGGACUUCCCAGCAAAAAGGAGGCUAUCCAUACUGACAGGUGACACAUUCCUGCUUGUGUUCAGUUUGGAUGAUAGAGAGUCCUUCAAUGAAAUCUGUGAGCUGCUCAACGAGAUAAAGGCUGCUAAGGCAAAGUUACUGAAAUUAAAACAUCCCGCGAGAGUACCAGUCGUUAUCUGCGGGAAUAAAGCGGACCUGGAGGCGCAGAGAGCCGUCGGACGCUCAGAGGUGACGGACAUCCUCGGCAAAGACGUCGCAUUCUUCGAAACCUCCGCUAAAGACGGUACCGGACUGGAGGGUGUGUUCAGAGCCCUUGCGGCACUGGGAGGACUGCCUGACGAGACCAGCCCGUCACGGCAUCAGAUCAUAUCCAUCCUCACAUACCAGUCCAUGUGCAUCGGCCAGCGAGGCAGGGGAGGGAGCCGGGGAGCCGGUGCGCCCUGUGCCGCUCUGGACCCUCUGGCGCGCCGCCCGAGCUUCACCAGCGACCUGCGGCUGGUGCUGAGAUCCAGCAAACACAACAAACCCGAGAAGUGUCACAUUCAAUGAAUCGUGAGCCUUCUCGAUAAAACCAAUUGUAGUAGUAUGCUGCAAUGUCCUAUUAUGUAAGGAGUUAUACUCUGUAGCACUUGGCUGGACCAGUGCAUUCAUAUUUCUUUUGUAUGUAACUAUAUUGUCCUAUAAUAAAAAAAAUAUAUUUCUAAGGGACUGCUUGUUAUUUAUGAAGGUGAAGUGGGUGGUACAAAAAAGGGGAGAUAUGUCGAAUGAUUUUCUGACCACUGGGGAGGGACUUUUUGGGGGUUUAGUGGAGGGGUAAAUGAAUGGUUGUAUUUUGUGUAACCGGCAUUUUUUAGUAACAUGCCUUCAAAAUCCACAGAGGGAUAUUUUUGUGAAAAAUCACCUAAAUCACACCAAUUAUCAUAUCCACAAUCUGAAAAAAAAAUAUUGUGAGAUUUUCGAAUUUCAGAUGCUCCUUGGUCAAAUCAUAUGCAAGAAACACUUCCAUUAGGUAGAUGAAAACAAAAUCUCGCUUAAAAUUUUUAUAUUUCAUCAAAAUGUUUCUAUGCUGCUGAACUGGAACCUGGAAACCAUUUUUUAACUGCGUCAGGCCAGUUUGAAUUGUAACACACCUGAUGUUACU